AUGCCUGCGCCCCACCCGGACGAGAUACGACGAAGAUUACAAGUCGCGGAAGCAUUAGAGGGCGGUCUGGAUACUUCAAAACUGCCACUCCCUGUAUCCCAUUGUCAUACCAACGUGAGCGCGAAAACUUUUGGCGAUGGGCCUCCUCGUUAUUACCAACAGCUACAGCCGCAGCGGCACACUCUUAGUAGCAAUCUGGAGGUGAAGAAUGAGCCCGGUUCACCUGAGUAUGCCUCUAUCCGGGCUGCUCCGUUAGCUGCGGAUCGUCCUGUUUUUCGGUAUCCCGUACAAGCCGAAAUUUCCCAGCCACGAAAACUCAUCCUGUCCGCUGCCGCCAAUCUCCAAAAUGUUCCUGUUCAAAGACAGGGAUUUUAUGCUUCAUUCGCUCGUCGCAAAAAUAUCCUUGUCGCUCUCCUCGUAACGGGGACUCUGAUCUUGACCUUUAUGCAAUCUUGGCCGUUGCAUUUAGACUGGCAACCCGGGCUGCCUAUAUUUCCCGAUGGAUGGAAGACAAAUCACCUGGAUACUUACACCAAACUUGUCACUGAUAUUCGUUUACGCGUUCUUGAACUAGACGUUGUGGAUAUGGUUCGAACCGCGAACACUUCGACUGCACUCGCGGCUGAGGCAGAGUACCAGUCUGCCUUUUACAUUUACUCGAACGCCUUUCGAUCCGUUCAGAAAGCCAGCCCACGUCGACGGAGAACAGAUGCGCUCUUGUUCUUACUUAAUGCCUUCGAUGAGUUAGAAAGAAGGGUUAAUCUCACGAUCAGGUUGCUAGAUGAUGCAAAGGUGGAUACCAACCGUGCCCUUAAUGCCACUCGUCAGCAUCACAAGGACCAAAUUUCUUCCAGCUCUGCAUACGUUUCGGAAGCUACUAAUCCUAGAAAAGCAUCGCCAAUUCUUCAACGGCCAGAACAACAGAUUGAAGCAUACAAAAGCCGUAUUACAGAACUCGCAGAAGCGAUCGCAUCCAUUGGCACACUGCAAAUAGUUAUUGAUAACCAGGGUAUGAAGUGGAAAAAGUUCCAGUUUGAGUUGCAGCGAAUACGAGUGGUUGUUUGUACGUGGCAAGAAGCUCGGAGGCUUGCGACAGUGCGAGAGUAUGAGGCAAUGGUCAGUCAGUUCUGUAGAGCUACGUUAGAGGUCAUUGGUUCGCUGUAUAUUCCUUUAUGUCUGGGAUAA